UCACUCCGGACUUAUCAGACUGACGUACCAUCACGCAUGCUGCACUACGCUGAUCUCACCUGAAUGUUUGAUAUUUUAGGUGUAAAAACGCCUCUAUUUGUUCCCUAUUUAAUCAUCACAGUGUUCGUCUGAGUUUUGUUUUUGUUCAAUAUAUAUACUACGUACUUUAACAAAGGAGUUUUAUUUUCUGAAGGUAGUGUCCUUCACAUUCCCCUCUCGAGAUGCGACUGACCCUGCAGACGUUUAUCUCCCAUGGCCGGGUGUACCGUCGGAUGGGUCUCGGACCCGAGUCUAGAAUCAACAUGCUUCGGAACAUACUCACCGGUCUGGUUCGACACGAGAGAAUAGAAACUACUAGAGCCCGAGCCGAUGAGGUUCGCUUUUACGCUGAAAAGUUGAUUGAUUAUGCCAAAAAGGGAGAUACUAAUGAAAAGUCGAUGAAAAUGGCUGACUUCUGGCUCACGGAAAAAGAUUUGAUUCCAAAACUUUUCAAAGUUCUGGCACCAAGAUUUGAGAAUCAGACGAGUGGAUACACGCGGAUGGCCCGCAUUCCCAACAGAGACAAUCUGGACCGCUCACCCAUGGCUGUUCUUGAGUAUAAAGCCAACCCUUUCCCGCCCCUGUUCCCUGUUAAACGUGUCAGUGAAAUGAACUUGGUAAACCAACUUCUGAAAGGAUACAGAGAAGAAAAAGCUUUAAUGGUUGCUAAAGUAAAGGAUUUGUAAUCUUUAAGCACUAUGUUGUAUGUAAAAUAAUAAACCAGUAUCUAUUUCA